CACCUCUGUCAGUGUCGAACCAGUGUGGCCGCGGACAUGGCCCUCCUUUGCCGCUCGGCGUUCGUCGUCCAUUCUGCCCCUUGUGAUCUUCACCGAUGUCCGUUCGCCGAAACGCUGUUGGUCAACGCGUCUCCAGGCUCCGCAUUCUUUCCCCCUCAUCCCUGAUACAUAGGAUAUCCCUUUCUCGUGAAGCAGAGUUGCAAGACAUUCGACAGGGUGGUCUCGGGGAAGCGUUAUGACCACCGACGAAGACAUAAACCUCUUGGUUCUAAUUAUCGACACCAACCCGCACGCUUGGGCGACGGCGGCAAACGACCCGGACCAGCCUAUCAGUUUCGUCGACGUGCUGGAGCAUAUCCUCAUUUUCAUCAAUGCCCACCUAUCGCUGCGUUUUGAUAGUAAGCUGGCGAUCAUAGCCAGUCAUUCGGAUACCAGUCGCUUUCUCUUUCCAGCUCCAGAAAAUGACGCGACAGGGAAGCAGGAGGCGGACGAGGCCAAGAAGCCAGCCAACACAUAUAAACAGUUUUUCGAUGUGAACCAGCGCCUUGUGAAAGAGAUCAAGGGCAUGGUGCGGGACGACCAGAAUACGCGGUUGGAGAAUCGUACAAUGACUGCUGGAUCGCUGUCUCUUGCACAAACAUAUAUCAACCGAGUGCGACGCGAGAACGAAGGAGCUUCCAUCCAAUCCCGAAUCCUCCUCGUUUCCAUCUCCCCAGAUCUGCCAUCGCAAUACAUCCCGACGAUGAACUGUAUAUUCGCGGCACAAAGACUUGGGACACGCAUAGAUGUGUGUCGAUUCGGUGGACGACAUUAUGGGAGUGAAUCGGUCUUCCUCCCCCAAGCGUCGCAUAUCACAGGAGGAACAUAUCUGGACGUUCCCGAGCCACGGAAUCUAUUGCAGUAUCUGUUGUAUACAUUCCUGCCCGAGCCCAGCAUACGGAACGUUCUAUUGCUCCCCUCCAAAGAGCAGCUAGACUUCCGGGCUGCAUGCUUCUGCCAUAAGAAGGUCGUCGAUGUGGGGCAUGUCUGCUCCGUUUGCUUAUCAAUUUUCUGUAGCACCCACGAUGUAUGUCCCACUUGCCAAACCAAGUUUCCAACAUAGUACAUAGGCUAGCCGCAAUCCGGCCUCCUUCAUGGCAGACCAGGCAGAUGCUUCGUAUUGCUAUGGGAUGAUGUACAUAUAUUCAACUGGACGCUCUGUGAAUUACUGUACAUGGAUGCGAGUACGAGGCCAGAUUGCGUCUAAAACAUAGCGCCCAACUUAGAAUCCGUGGGAAAUCCCUGGAAACAGACAAACAGCGAGAAUUCUAAUCAAAACGCGAAACCCAGUUCUCACUUC